AGUGAUGGGACAUGAAAGUCCCACAUGGUUUUAUUUCAUGAGAAAGCGUGUGACUUCCCCUUACAGUAAACUGUCCCAUAAGCACAUUCUACUUCAGCUGCACUUUCCAGAACAGUUCCCAGGAAUUCUGCUUUCUAUGGUCAAUACGUGAUGGAAGCCAGAGAACAGGGAACUGAUCCAGAUGCAGGGAAAGGGAUGGGGGAAAUCAUGUUUGAAAGUAUCCAACAUUGCACGCACAUAUGGUCUCAGCUAACCUUUAUUAAGAUGUCGUAAAGAAUGCAAAGCUCAGAAAAGUUAAGGUAUGUAGCCAAAGUCAUCCACAAGACAUAACUCCCAGCAGGGAAUUAUGAAAGAGGGCAACUCUUGUGUGGCCCAGGUGUUCAUCUCCAAAGAGCACAUGCUUUCUGAAUCGUGGAGGCAAUCGCUUUAACUGAAAAGACCAAUAUGUUAUAUUUUCAAAUUCCUUCCCAACUGAUUCUUUCCUCAUUUUUCUUUUUCUCCCCAGAAAUCAAACCAGGAAUAACCUAUGGUGAACCCACGCCUCAACUGUCCCCAAGUGUUUCCUGACACGCAUCUUUGCUUACAGUGCAUCACAACUGAAGAAUGGGGCUCAACUUGACACUUGCAAAAUUACCAAAUAACGAGCUGCACGGCCAAGAGAGUCACAAUUCGGGCAACAGGAGCGACGGACCAGGAAAGAACACCACCCUUCACAAUGAAUUUGACACGAUUGUCUUGCCGGUGCUUUAUCUCAUUAUAUUUGUGGCAAGCAUCUUGCUGAAUGGUUUAGCAGUGUGGAUCUUCUUCCACAUUAGGAAUAAAACCAGCUUCAUAUUCUAUCUCAAAAACAUAGUGGUUGCAGACCUCAUCAUGACACUGACAUUUCCAUUUCGAAUAGUCCAUGAUGCAGGAUUUGGACCUUGGUACUUCAAGUUUAUUCUCUGCAGAUACACUUCAGUUUUGUUUUAUGCAAACAUGUAUACUUCCAUCGUGUUCCUUGGGCUGAUAAGCAUUGAUCGCUAUCUGAAGGUGGUCAAGCCAUUUGGAGACUCUCGGAUGUAUAGCAUAACAUUUACAAAGGUUUUAUCUGUUUGUGUUUGGGUGAUCAUGGCUGUUUUGUCUUUGCCAAACAUCAUCCUAACAAACGGUCAACCAACAGAGGACAAUAUCCAUGACUGCCUGAAACUUAAAAGUCCUUUGGGGGUCAAAUGGCAUACGGCAGUCACCUAUGUGAACAGCUGCUUGUUUGUGGCUGUGCUGGUGAUUCUGAUCGGAUGUUACAUAGCCAUAUCCAGGUACAUCCACAAAUCCAGCAGGCAAUUCAUCAGUCAGUCAAGCCGAAAGCGAAAACAUAACCAGAGCAUCAGGGUUGUUGUGGCUGUGUUUUUUACCUGCUUUCUACCAUAUCACUUGUGCAGAAUUCCUUUUACUUUUAGUCAAUUAGACAGGCUUUUAGAUGAAUCUGCACAUAAAAUCCUAUAUUACUGCAAAGAAAUGACACUUUUCUUGUCUGCGUGUAAUGUGUGUCUGGAUCCAAUAAUUUACUUUUUCAUGUGUAGGUCAUUUUCAAGAAGGCUGUUCAAAAAAUCAAAUAUCAGAACCAGGAGUGAAAGCAUCAGAUCACUGCAAAGUGUGAGAAGAUCAGAAGUUCGCAUAUAUUAUGAUUACACUGAUGUGUAGGCCUUCUAUUGUUUGUUGGAAUCUGUAUGUACAAAGUGUAAAUAAAUGUUUCUUUUCGUUAUC